CUCUGCCUCCCCGCUGCCCCCGCCGCGCCGGGCAGGGUGCGCCCGCCGAGCGCACGGAGGGACCCGCACCGGCCCCCCAGGUCCAGCCCUUCCAUGGCUUCGGCAAUGCUGCCGGGGAAAGCGGAGAAGAGGAUUGCUUCAUCAGUCUUCAUCACCCUGGUGCCACCACGGAGGGAGGCGGCUGCCAAGGAGAAAACCCAGAGGGAGCUGCAGCCAGACGGUGCCGAGGUGCUGGGCACCCACCGGCCAUGGGCCCCGCCGCCGCGGCCGCCCGCGUUGCCCAACGGAGAAACCCGCCCUGUGGCUGUGGCCCCUGUGCCUUCAUCCCCGCCGGUCCUCGUCCUUUCCGAAGCACCCCAGCCCUUGUCUGCUGAGGUGCUGGGUCCAGCGCUGCAGCAACUGGACCUUGCGGCACCCACCACCCUCCAGACCCCUUCCGCCUCCCCUGCUGAAUUGAGGCCACCCAAAUGUUGCCAGGAGCAAGCGGGCAAGCCGCAGUGGCAGGAUGCAAAUGGGCACCCAGAGAGGGACAGCUCCAGAGACAUCUGCGCUUUCUGCCACAAAGCAGUGGGGCCCCGGGAGCCGACGGUGGAGGCGAUGCGGAAGCAGUACCACGCCGACUGCUUCACCUGCCGCACGUGCCACCGGCUCCUGGCCGGCCAGCGCUACUACCAAAAAGACGGGCGCCCCACGUGUGACACCUGCUACCAGGCCACGCUGGAGAAAUGUGCCAAGUGCCGGGGGCUGAUCGUGGAGCGCAUCGUCCGUGCCCUGGGCAAGGGCUACCACCCCGGCUGCUUCUCCUGCACCGCUUGCGGCCGGGCCAUUGGUGCCGAGAGCUUCGCUGUGGAUGAGCGGAACGAGGUGUACUGCGUGGCCGACUUCUACAGGAAAUACGCUGCGGUUUGCAGCGCCUGCAAGCACCCCAUCAUCCCCCGCGAGGACAAGGACACCUACAAGAUCGAGUGCCUGGGACGCAGUUUCCAUGAGAGCUGCUACCGCUGCGAGAGCUGUGGGACACCCCUGUCACCGGAGCUGACGGAGAACGGGUGCUACCCCCUGGACGACCACCUCCUCUGCAAGUCCUGCCACGUCCGCCGACGUAACGAGUCGUCCUGCUAAAACUCCAUGGCUCAAACUCCAUCUUCCAGCACUAGACACCAAAAAGAAGCUGCACCCACCGGGCUGCACCCCACGGCCGGUGCCAGGUGCCUGCUGCACCCUCAAAUAGCUGCAGGACUGGUGUUUUUGUCACCAAAAUGCACCUGGGACCCCGACCCACUGGGCUGGCCAGGCGGAGGAUGCAGACAUAGUGUCCCAGCGUGGCUCUGCGCUCGUUGCAAACAUAAAAAGCCCUGGCAGAGCAGUGGUGGCAGAGGAGCUGAGGUUUUAUUCACUUCUUUUUUUAAACUCCUUUUCUGAGGCCGGUUUGGUUUCCUUGGGUGUUUUUUCUUUCUUCUCAAGCUUCCUUGGGGUUUCACUUAAACAUUUCUCUUUGUGGUGAUGCAGAGAGCAGGCACUGAUUCAGUUACUCGCAGUUAAAUAAAACUCCGAGUUUAAAAGCC